AGAGCGUGGCUGGUUCUUAGUGGCCAUCAACCACCUGCAACUUAACUGUAUGGGAAAAAGUGAUAAGAGCACAGAUGUUGUGUGGUUUCUCUAGACCCCCGAUGACAUCUGAUGUGGAAGAAACUAUAAACCAUAAAGCCAGGGGUCUUCUGCAUGGCCACUGCGAGAUCAAAACAGCCUAAUAACUCUACGACAAAAAGCCAAAAUAACAAUACGGCUAACCAGCGACCUUCUUCUCAGAUUAUAAAGACUGUGAUAGAAAGCCAACAAAGAAACUAAAGAAUCUAACACAGGAGGGCACUGCUCCCCUACAGGAAUGUGUCAUGGUCUAGUCCACCCUGAGAAACUGUCCAUGUGGAUUAACGGGUUACAUAUUGUUGGUAAUAACUUCGGCAAAAGCACUUAAGGAUACUUGUAAAAAAAAAAUGUGGGCCUUCUUGGUGCUCACUUUUGCUCUCGCUGUUAGCGCAUCAGACGGCAACAACGACACGGAGGUUGAAGAGAAGCUUGAUAUUGCCAGAGGAAAACUGCUGGCUCCCAGUGUGGUCGGAUGAGGCAUAAAGAAAAUGCCCGAGCUCCAUCAUUUUCUAAUGGAGCGCUGGGCUUUAUACCACAACUUGGAAUACGAUUCAUCGGAGGAGAAGAAUCCCCGUCUGAUAUUCUAUAAUGAAAAGGACGAGGUGGUAAAGACUGUUCCCGUGGAGAAAAUGAAGGCAGAGGAGAUCAGCAGCCUGUUGGACUCAUUGGGUUUCUACAAGAGGUCCCAGAAAGGGGAAGAGGUGCCAGAGGAGUUCCAGCACUUCCCCCUGCGCCCCCCCAGGGACGAGUUGUGAUGACACCUUGUGGCCGAACUCUGCCGCUGCACCCGCGGUCACAUUAAUGACGAGUGGGGCCCCAAGGCCAAAACGAUAGGCCAGGCACCAUUCUGAGGACUUGCUGGCUGGGUGCAGCGUGCAGUGUGUUAUUCAAUGUCACUCUUUUUAUAUGCUUUACAAAUUAAAAAGAAGGCUGUAAAAGACCUCGAUGAGUGGAUUGAUGCUUUUAAUGAGCCUGGUGUUUCCAUACUAUCAACCUUGAAUGGUAUUAAAACAGCACAGAGUAUUUAACACACUGAAAACAUAAAUAUGAGGUUAGGGAUAAGAAGAUGAUAUUUGUUGUGUAAAAUUAGAGUUUUCCUUUCCUUUUUUAAUAAACUGUAUUAUUCUAUUUUUUUUAUAUUAUAUUUCUGUAAAGCUUAAUUGGGACAGUCCAGCCCAACAUUUGAAAAUGUU